CAGUCUGAUGUGUGGCAUGUUUAUGUACGACGGUGCACUACAGGCACCACAGAAAGCUAAAGAGGAGCGAUUCUACCGCGCUCAGAUUGAGUGUUGAUUAUAAUUACGAUUAUUUUUAUUCUACACCUGAAAAGAGUGCCCUCAUGAAGAGGGAAAUUUAAGCGUUUAGCGGAGUAUAACUGUAGUUUCUGUAGUUCAAUCGACGGUUGCAAGGUGCCAAGUUUGGAUUUUUAAUCCCGUUAGUGCUAUGGAUUCAAAUAAUUGCACCAAUCUGGACAUCAGCACAAAUUGUGAAUCCAAGGCGUUAGAAACAACCGCAAAGCCUCCUCCACCAGGUGGUGGAGGAGGAGCCACAGUAGAAAGAUUAAUUUUAGCUGCAAGUUCAACCAAAGAGGACGCCCCUUGCGAUUCAUCGAACUGCGACCUCACAGUGCCGAUUGUAGCUGCAGCCCCGAAAUCGGUGCCCGCUGCAGCGGUCAGUUCAACAAGCGCGAAAACCAUUUCGCACAAGCUGAACGAUAUAAAUCUACAGCAGAUUCCAACGGAGGAAUUGCUCGGGUCGGUUACGACUUUCUAUCCAGGUGGCGAUGCGGAAUGUGGACAUGCAUUGCGCACCAGCGCUCGGGUCAUCCACAAAAUGCGAAUGGACUCUAUCCGUGGAACUACUCCGCCUCCACAGGAUAGAAAAGAUGGUGGUAAUACUGUUGGUGGCAGUGGAAAAUCUGGCUCCGGAUCCGGUGGGAUGGGACAAGCCAAAACACCCAACCAACAGAAACAGGCUCGAAUGGUUUGGAGUAAUCAGGACAAAAACCUGUUCUUCGAAGCGCUUAAUGAAUACGGGAAGGAUUUCGAAGGCAUUGUAAAUUAUUUGAACACAAAAAAGCGCCGAAAAGAUAGCAAUAGUGAAAAUGCAUUCAAGGUUAAAGAUGUACGUCAUUUGUAUUACCAAUUCAAUCAGAAGGUGGCCAAAUAUUUGCAUUUUUCCGAUGAGGUUAAGAAAGAGGCACAGGAGCUCUAUGGUCUGAUUAAUUACGGUGAAAUGAGAAAAAAGGUUCCGUUUCAGAAUAAGAAGUAUUUCCACAAGCUAAAAGAUUUGGUGUAUAAGGGCGCAGUCAUGAUUCGCGAGAAGGGAAGGAAUAUUCGUAUCAAAACGCCUUCCUGUCGAGCUUUGCGGAAGCUCAACCAGCUAGAAGAGUGGCAGGAGGAGAUAAAGCUCCCUCCCAGGAUAGACGUUAUACUAAAACCUAGCACAGUCAGUGCUUGGGGAAGGGUUCAAUCACUGGCUCAAAAUCCUCGUGUCAAAACAUCUGUGACUCUACAAAAGCGACUGUCGAUUUUGUUGCAUUUACUGCAGCAAAAAUGGCGUCACCAAGAUGUUCGUCUAUCGGAGCGAAUCUGCCACUUGCGGGCGGCCAGUGCUAAUAUCACCUCGAAGAUAUCUCGCCAGAAAGCUUUGAAUGAACUGGAGUUAUGCACAAGAAUUAACGGAGAACUGGAGCAGGGUGAAAGUGGCAAAAUUCUGUGCAUCACGCCAUCCAAAGACGCGGUCAUCCAUCGGCCGAUGAUCAAUUUGACCGAAUUUCUCAGCAGCUACAGCAUUUGUCUGAAUUCGUAUGAACAAAGAAUCGGAGCGAAGGUACGGGGCGAGGCACUUUGUGCGGAAAAGUUGCACCACUUCAAGGAACGUAUGGGAGCAAACUCGAAACGACAACGUCAUGAUAGUGGCUCGGAGAAGCACAGUCCGGAUGGGAAAAAAGCUAAAUCUGAGCUGAAGGAUAUUAAGGAGGAAAAAGUGGGGGAAAGCAGCACUGUUGGCAGCUUUUCUGAGAUUUUCAAAUCUCCAAAUGCCUCCAGUGACUCAGCCGAUCACCUGCAGCAUAAGGAUAAUGAGAGUAGUGAUGGAGAGUUCCAACCGUUGACCAAACCUUGUUUAGUGCUUGUUACACCAGCGGACAUUUCCUGUGACGAUCCGGAUUUGAAAAGUCCAGAGUCAAAUGAUUCGGCUAAGUUGUCUGGCUUAAGUAAGUUGAAGUUUGAAAACGACGGUAUCUAUUCUUCGGUGAGGACGGAAAAUUCAAACGAUGGCGUAUUGUUGGAGACUGAGCAACCAAAAUUGCUAAAAACGGAAGAAGCAUCAAGCGAAUUGGCUGCUACGAGUGAAGAAAUCAUCAAGACGACCGUCAAACGAAAAGAACCUCGAUGCGGCAAACGGAAGGACUCGAGAGCUGGCAUGAAUAAUAUGCACUUUCGACCUUUAAUAUCGGAAGAAACAAUUCAGAAAAUACGAGAGGGUUGGACGCUUCAAAACGUGGGUGAUAUGACCGUUGGGGAUUUGUACAUUAUGUUUGGGGAGGAAAAUAAAUUAUAUCUGGAGUACUGCUGGGUGAAACCGAAGGAGGAUAUAUCACAAGCGGCGGCCGAUUCGACGGUGGUGGAAACAACGGAAAAAGUCGAAGGUUAUGAGGAACCCACAGUCAAUGGCAGCAGCGAGAAUACACACACCACAAACGGCCAUGUCGAUGCGGCUAAGCCCGUUGGUUACGAUGAAAUUAAAUUAAGUGAACGACUGAAACAAUUGCUACAGAUUGCCAACCUUAAUGAAAAGACUGGCAAACGACGAUGCCCAUGUGGACACGUUUGCGACAGAAGAAUAAAGAACGUUGAUCCAAUCAUCAGUGCUUCCACCUUAAACGACAGUGUUCUGUUCAAGCAGCCCAUGAUACCGGUUCGCAGCAGUAACAUAAGCGUCUUACCCAACAGUAGCAAUCAGGCUCUUCCUCCGCAGCACAUGCGCUAUAAGCAAUCCCGCUGGUGGCGGAUGCGUGUCAAUCGACAAUUGGUGCCUUCGCAACGGCUGAUGCUUCCACCGAAUGGUUUUCAUUCGCCCGCUCCCGGAGUACCCGGACGAACUAAUAAUAACAACUACACAAACCUACCCAAACCUCCGACGGUUUCUUCUUCCUCCAACCAGCAGGUUGCCAGUAGCAGCAGCAGCAGCAGCAGCAGCAACAGUAAAAGUGGCAGUGUGGGGAAUCCCAGUAGCAGCAACGCUAGCGUAACUCACCUGCCGAACGAAGAAGACCACGUAACGAGGCUGUUGGAGGACAAAAUCAACAGCUUCAGUAGCAAAGGCUCGAACGGAGCUACGCCUUCUGAUUCGGAUACCGGUAAAAGUACAGUUAACAUUACCGACGACAAUAGCUGCCUCAGUCUGUUCGAUGUUUCGCUGCCAUCUACCUCCUCGACCCUAAUGGCAGAACUGAUGAGUGAAGCCGACUCCGCUCGCGGUAGUUCCGUGGAAGACGAGAACAGUAACUGCACUACAAUCUCAGCCACCCGAAUUCUGCGAGAAUCGCCUGUAGACGGCAGGCUGAUCGAAACGGACAUUAACGACAUCUCAUUAAGCAGCUUUUUAGGUCAUCUGGAUGCGGUGUACGAAAGUGAAACUGUCACGCGAAAAAGAGAUUCCGAUCAGAUGAACAUCAGUAUUAUCAGCGAAUCAAGCGUGGAUUAUAUCGCUCGCUUUGAGGACAUUGCUGCGGAACUAAGGGCUCAGCAAGAGCAAGACUCGGUUUGAAACAACGUGUGACAACGUAGAAUCACUACAGGGAUUUUGCUACGAAUCCUACACAAUAUAUACACACACACACACACCCCACAAAAGCUUUACUAAAAGGAUCAAAGGAUUAAUGUAAAACAUAUUGAAGUUAUUUAAACUACUUCCUGUUUCUCUCAUUAGUUAUGGCAUAUUUUUCGAUGUUCUGAUGCCACAAUGGAGGUUGUUGUUUUAAGCCUAUACAUUUGGUUGUUGGAGAAAAGGUUGCGUUGUAGCCAACAGAAACUGAAUACAUUUACGAUUUCUUCAUGCUAUCUUUUAGUGGUUUACUCGUGCAGAUCUAUAAAUUAAAAAUUAACUAGUAACCCACGCAUCUCUCGAAAUGCAGUGAAUUCGGUCAGUGUUUUUAUUUUUGAUGUGUUAAUUUGAUUAUAAACUAUUUAUUACUGUUAAACUACCGGUUCAGAUUUAUGCUGCAUGCGGAUUUUUUCUGGCUUUAAAAACCUUUUGCGGUAUUACUUAAACUCAAAACAUAAACGUAACGAAAAUAUAUCGUUUACUCUUUUAUGUAAUUAAGAAAAAAAAAACUAGCGUUGUGAUGUUUGGAUAUAUCAUAGCAUAUUUUCGUUCCUUGGCUUGCAAAAGACUGACACAAAGAGAAAAUUACGGAAUAAAGUAUUAAUCAAAGAUUCAGGUAAGAACUACGAUUGGAUAUUCGAAGGAGCUGCACCUGCGGUCGUUGCGCUUUCUAGGCUGCGCUAGAUACGAUAUAUGAAUACCAAGUACUAUUCUGAUAGUGCAUCACCUAGUUAAAGUACGAUUCGGGAUUGUUCAUCAACAGAAAGUUUUUAAAGGUGUCAGACGAUUGAAAUCUUGGAGAAUUUUUUCAAUAAUUAACAAAAAAAGAGACUAACGGGAGCUUAAUAGAAAAAAAUUUCAAAUAUUUUAUCAGUAUAUUACGGUAAAGAACCCAUAUUUUAGUUAUGGGUUGGUACAUCCUAAUAUUCGAGCUGUCUGACAUGGCAUUGGCAGAGGUUUAACUGGAAAAAUUGGUACAAAUCCAGAAAAGCGAAAAGAGAAUGAUUGGAAACUCGGUACCUACCUUCAAUUCAGAAAUCGUAUUACCCGCCAGAUGAGGGAGAAUUACCGAGAGGAUAUAACGGCCGAAUAAAAGACUCCACGGACGCAAUACACGAGAGCACUGCAGAAGCAGAGACAUGCUUUUCCAGGCACGACUCGGGAAAUUUUUAUAAGCAGUUAACGGUAUCAAAAACCGAACUGGGCCGACAGAGAAGGAAACCUGAUAACUGAUAAGACGCUGGUGGCCAUGCGUUGGUAAGAACAUUUUGUGGUAUGUGAGAACGAAGGACAAGCUAUGAAUCCGCUGACCUUGGAAGUAGUCCAGAAAGCUUGUAGAGAGAAAAACCACAAUACAGUUCGAAAGAAUGGCAUUCCACUCACAACUCGCCCGUAUUAAGUCUAUAGAACAGGAUACGAUUCAGAUAACUCAACUAGUAUCCUUUGUUCAUAGACUGAACGCGGUGUGUGUUUCAGUUAAGGGAAACGAGUUGCUUAAAUACAGUAGUUUAUAGUAGAAAAAAAAACUUGUAUAUAACUUUUUGAAUGAGAUUUCAUUUUGAAAUCGAUUAGACCAGUCAUGUCUCAGAUUUUUUCCAAGAAGAAUGAAUCACUCAGAACGGU